GCACGGCUCAUUGCGCGCACUCACACAGAAGAUACGGAGUAUUCUGACGGUGGCUUUGGACAUGAGCAGCAGCAGCCCUCCGCCCGGCAUCCGCUGGACUAGUGCACCAAAGUAGAAAUGUUCUCUUAAUUAAAAAAAAAAAAAAAAACGUAAUAUUAGACUUAAUGCAGUAAUUAAGCGAGCGUUGUAGGUCAAGAGCGCGCGGAUUAAUUAGUUUUUUACACGUUUCCAAACCCAAAGAAGUUUAUUUCCUGUUGUGAUUGCAUUUACGUGAAUAUGAAGCCACGGAUUUUGCUGACCUUUUUACUGACAUUUACCUGCUCAUGUGUAUGUCAUGGCUUAGAGCUGGCCUUUCUGCUCCAGCCCAGCGACGUGAUUGCUGUGAGGGAGAGACCGCUCAUGCUGGACUGCCGGGUGGAGGGUGAGGAACCCAUCACUGUGACAUGGCUUAAGAAUGGGAAACCAGUGCCUACAGGAGUUGCUACUCGGGCCACAGUUCUGUCCAAUGGCACCCUGCUGAUUCGGAGCUUCCAGAAGAAACGAGACGGAGAUUCCACUGAUGCUGGAGAAUACCACUGUGCUGCUCAGAACCGUUACGGCAUGCUGGUCAGCCGUAAGGCCCGUGUUCAGCUGGCAUCUCUUCCUAAGUUUCACACUCAUCCAGAGUCCAUGACGGUGGAUGAGGGAGGAGUGGCACGUUUUCAGUGCCAGGUGAACAGUAUUCCCGAGGCCAACAUCACCUGGGAGAAAGAUCGUAUGGCCAUCAGCACAUCAAACGAAAGGUACACGCUUCUCCCCAUGGGCAUCCUGCAGAUCACUGGGGUGAAGAAAUCAGACGCUGGAGUUUUUCGCUGUGUUGCCACCAACAUUGCUAACACCCGCUAUAGCCAUGAAGCCCUGCUCAACGUCACUGGUGGCGCUCCACGCAUCUACAAGGAACCAGUGAUCCUGUCUGGCCCCCAGAAUCUCACUAUCACCGUCCAUCAGACAGCCAUUUUGGAGUGUAUUGCUACUGGAAACCCCAGACCUAUCGUGUCUUGGAGCAGACUGGAUGGCAGAUCCAUAGGUGUAGAAGGAAUCCAGGUCCUGGGCACGGGGAACCUGAUGAUCUCUGACGUGUCCCUGCAGCACUCUGGAGUGUAUGUGUGCGCUGCUAAUCGUCCUGGUACCAGGAUGAGACGUACAGCUCUUGGCAGGCUAGUAGUUCAAGCUCCUCCUGAAUUCAUCCAGUGGCCACAGUCUGUGUCUAAACCAGUAGGAGGUAGUGCAGUGUUCACAUGUGUAGCUCAGGGAGUUCCUGAACCUCAUCUCAUCUGGCUAAAGAAUGGCAAGAUCCUCACACCUGGAGACAAUGUCAAACUCACCAACAACAACAGUACUCUGGCAGUGACUCGUAUCACGUCUGAAGAUGAGGCCAUCUACCAGUGCAUAGCUGAGAACACUGCUGGCACCAACCAGGCAAGUGCUCGUCUGGCUGUGUCUCUGGCCACAGAGCUGCCUGACUCUCCUCAGGGCCUGAAGGCCACACCUCUGUCCAAAACCACCCUGCAGCUGUCCUGGACUCAGCCUCCGAUAGAGGUGACUGACAGCAUCAUUGGAUAUGUGUUGCACAUCCGCAAAAUGGGUGAGCCAGAGAAUAAAGAACUUCAGGAGGCUGUGAGCAAGACAACCUACCAGCAUGAUCUCAACAACCUGGAGCCUGCCACCACCUAUUCCAUUUACCUGAAGGCCUACUCUCCUGUGGGCGCGAGCCAGGAGUCCAGCACUGUAGUUGCUACAACACUAGGGGGCGUUCCUACUCCACCCGCAUUCUUCACUAAAGUGAUGAAUGUCACAUCAGUGCAAGUCCUUUGGGAGUUGCCUAAUAAGCCAGGUAAAGUUGAGGGUUUCAGACUCUCCUACCGCCGAGUCCCUCACGGAGAUUUUCAGGGCCCAGUUCAGAUGUCGUGCCACACUAAUGUCCACACCAUUGCAUACCUCGAUCCUGGUGCUGUGUAUGAAGUCAAACUGGUGGCCUACAAUGGCAACGGAGAGAGUGACUGCUCCAAGCGUCUGGUGUCACUGGCAGAGGAUGGAACCACUGCUAAAGCCAGUGCUGGAGAGGAGAGUAGGUGCAACUGUAGGGAAACCGAGGGCUCACUAGCAGGGAUGGUGGUUGGAAUCCACAUCGGCAUGGCCUGUAUCAUCUUCUGUGUGCUGUUCCUUAUGUUUGGAUACCGCCGCAGUUUCCUCUGCAGGAAGGGGACUCAGGACAGAUGGUCUGUGCCCAGAGGUGAGGAUGGAGGACACCAUGCUCACAGCAAUGGCAUUUCUAAACAUGGGGCACCACAUCCCCAAGCCAUCGAGCUUGUGCCUCAGGGUCAAAACCAGGCUUUCCCAACGCAGUGCCAAGUUCUUAUAGAGCAGCACUCAUCCGGUUUGCCUGGCACAGAUGCGGGCACUGGCUAGCACUGUCUCUAAACCCACUUUACCAGCACUCAGCCUCCCUGUGGUUUCUCCAUACGGCCUGCCAACCAAAGCCCCCCUGUUGAACCCCCUCAAUUUUCAUGUCACAUUUGUUUAAAAAAAAAAAAAAAAGACUGCUGCUAUAAUGAAUAAGGGCUUAACUGGUCCUGCCAUGGGCCUCCGAAUCAUAGUAGUACUGAACAAUUAAUCUGAAAUAAUACAAGAUUCAGCUAAUUCACCUUUUAACCAAAGCUUUAAUACCUGUAAAUUCUGUGUGCUUACUUGAAAACAGGAACACAAAGUGAUAGCCUUAUCAGGUAGUACACACCACAUUACAAAGUUAGUGUUAGAGAGCUUUAUGUCAGCCAUGUGCACCAAAAUAGGUGCGACACUGGACCAAACCAAAGCCAACCUAUGUUUUAAUAUCAGAGGACUUUCUGCUUAAACCAAAAUUCAUUCUAGCAACCGUGUCCUCUGGUAAUAAGACAUCCUAAUCUUGCACUAUACAAACUGAGGCCUCAUAAAUAUUUACUGUGCGUGCUAGAGGCAGAUGUAGUCACUAUAGAGUGUGCCAAAUAGGUUAGCCACAUUGUGACUAGCUAUAUAUUUUAGUUUUCCUACUCUUUCGACCUUAAUUCAGUAAUACCAAGAAUAAUAAAUUGCCUUGUGAUUGUGUGAGAAUUGAUUGUCAUACACCACACAUGCCUUGAGGCAGACCGAGUUGGAGGAGCCAUAAAGGCAGUCUAUUUGCUAUACCUUUCCCCUUUCCUAUUUCCACUAGUAACCCACCAAAAAGCUGAAUACUUCCAAAGAUAGCUACCUCAGAAUGUCUGAGCCAUUGUUGCUCUUGUUAGCCUGCUGCUGUUUGAGCAAGCCUACCUCAGCCAAAAAAAGAUUCUGGGUUUAUCAAAUUUCUUGGAGUGAGAAUGCUGACCUAGGAUCUGUUUUUUAAUUUACAUACUACAUGAUUAUAUGAAUUUGGAAAACUCCUAUCAAGUCAGCACUCUCACUCUCAGAAGUUUGAUCUAUGGGCUGCCCCAUCUUAUUUUCUCUGUGUGCCAAUGCCAGUGCCCAUGCCAGUGCCUGCUCCAGCGCCCUCCAGUGCACACCUGGUUACUGCCAUGAAGAGUGUGACCCUGGUUUGACUCCACAUUGCUGCUGCCUUUAACCCAAAUUUAGCUUUAGUGGACCAAAGCGACUGAUUGUCUCACUGCAUUUCAAAUGAGCACAAAGUAUAUCAGUGGUGGAACAGAAGAACAAAUGCUUUCAUACAUUUUCUUUUGCCUUCACUCUGAACAGUGUGUAUAAAGUCACAUUGCACUAAGAGUGACUUGGAGCCUGCCAAAUUCAAAACUUGAUGAAGGACUCCUGUCUCUUUGUACUAACCUCCAAAGAAAAAGACAAAAAGAGAUAAACAAAGACAGGAGUCUCAUUCCAAAGUGUUUCAACUCAAGAAGAGAUUUCAGCUGAAGAGUGCUUCAUGGAAAGUAAGAACCUUAUUCAUUACCUUUUGCCUGUGGGAAAUGAAGUUUUGGCCUUCCUGUGGAGUACCACUUCUUAAAGCUGCAAAACUAAAAGCUCAACUCAUUUCAUCUCAUCCCCAUCCUUCUGAAACAUGCUGCCUGGAGACUACAGGAUGUGCACCAAAGCUGACCUGACACUUAAUAGAUUGUUAUCCAAACCAAGCCAGAAGGUCGGCUUUUUAGAUGCCAAAUCGGUAGCCAUGGGAACAUGGAGGUGGUGAAGUAACGGCUGACAAGGUUUUGCGCUCACUGAGAGGAUGUAGGACCUUGAUAUGCUCUUCUCUCAGGACAAAUGGGCAUGGCACCAGAUUCCAAAAAAAGCUUUUGAUAUGAAAACAUUGCUUUAUGAUACCCAAAGAUGUAAAAAUGAAAAUGGUUUUUGUUUUGUUUUGCUCAUCCAACCUUGUUUAAGAGAUAAGCAUACACCAUUGUGUUUAAGUUCCUGUUAUGAAAGGAAGUCAUCAUGAAAGUGCUUUAAUUGAAGCAAACCAAAAGCUUCAUACCAUUUUUUUGCCUUUAUGAGGAUGUGUGAAUAAGCCUUGACUGGCAGUCUGUCAGUUCUCGGUGACAUCCUCAUUCAGACUUCCUUGAUUGACAUGGAACUGUCACCGUUUUUGAAUAUACAUUUUAAAGAAUAACCAAAAUGAAAAUGGGAUAUAUUUUCAAGGAGAUUUUCUAUGUUGAUAUUGGAGAAGAAGUUGUGUCUUCCUUUUAUGAUAGAAAUGAAAUUGCCAAAUAAGUAGACUAAUAAUAAUGUAACCAAAUAAUCUGUACCUAUUUUAACAUUCAUAGUCUUUAUCUUUUAUAACACUCUCUUAACCAAAGCACAGAAUCAUGCAUUUAUGCAGUAUGUGUGUAUAAGUGUGUUCUCUGUGAUUGGAUAACAGUUGGCUAAACCUUAAUGGUCAUAUUUCAUAAGAUUACCUUAUAAAACAGAUUCAAGGGGAAUUCUACGUUUUUACAGUAACAUAAAUGGAACCAAAGAACUUGACUGUUUUAUGGUGAACUAUCAGGAAAGUGACUGAUAUCUUUUGCAAAGCUUUACAAGUUGGCUAAGGCCUGCACAGUAGUAACUUCAUUAGCGUCAGAUAUCAUUUUGAUCUGGCCGACUCUUUCACUGGUUGAAAGAAGAACACAUGCUUUACUAAAGAUGCCCUACUGUGCUAAAGGUUUGCUUACACAACCAUGAUGAGUGUUACAAGGUUUAUCCAUGAUUACUGCAGCUUGAACAGUCUCCACUUUACUCCUGUCCAUGUUUCUGAAGAAGCACAUAUGAUACCAAAAUAUGUCUAACAAGGGAGAUUGUUUGAAUUUUGUCUGUAGAGCAAGAUUUCUCCAUUGGUAGACUGAUAGAUUUCUCUUUUUUGAAAUACAGUGUUUGUUGGUUCUUUUUGUAGAACUUACUUUCUUUUUGACCAUUUUCCCAAAAAGCUGCACUUCCUGUAGCUCAAGGAAAAAUGAGUCAGAAACCAUUUAUAUUAUUUUCAAAGUGUUAAUAUUAUAAUUAUUGGUAUUAUUGUUAUUAUUCAAUUUUUAUUUCUCCUUCCCUUUUGAUUUCUAUUUUUAUUGCAGUGGAAGGGGCAUGUGAAAAUGUUUGUUAGGAACUUGAGAAAAACAGUGGGUCAAAAAAAAGACAUUUCAAAAGCAAAGGCUUAUUUAAAAGGGAUAAUUUAUUAUAUGAAACAUUGAGAGUAUUCUCAUCAUCAUUUCUGUUUACCAAACCCAAAUGCAGAAGUUACAUUUUAGUAAUAUAAAUCUAUAACUACUUCACUUUUGACCCACUGGUUAUGAAAAUGAGAAAAAAAAAAUUUAGCGAGCUAGCAGGCUAGAGCCAAAUAAGGGAAAAUUUGUAGUUUAAUGAUUGCUUUCUUUUUCUUUUAUGUCCUUUAAAACUAAACCCCAAAGCUUUAAACAUAUUGAGACUAAGAUGUCUCCAACCAAAAAGAAAAAGAGAGAGAGAGACUAGUGCUGUGGGAUGAGAAAAAAAUUAAGUGACAUAAUAAGGAACCAAGCAGAUUUAAGAUUUCAUGUUUCUGCUUACAAACUGUUUAAAUAUAUUUUUACAGUCCAUUCCAAAUGAAGAUAUUUUCAAAUGCAGUGAAAUCAUGUCACAAGAUUUCUCCAUUUCUCAUCCUUUUUCAAACCUUUUUACACUACUUAGAAUAGCAUAAUUUAAUUCGGUUGAUUAUAAAAUGAGAUGUGAUGAGUAUGGGAGUCACAUCAAUCUGCGUGAUAUUCAGAGCCUGUUUGCUAGAGCUGUCUAGCUGGCAUGGUUACAGAGACAUAUCGAUCAGAGUGACACAUGUGCCAGAGUUCAGAUCUAUAAAGAAAGGACCUCAGCUAAGGAGUAUUCCUCCUUCACUGCAUUAUCUGCAUUAUGUCUAUGUCUUAUUAUAGGGUGAGAAAAUAAAUUGUUUUGCAUUAUUCUUCUUAAAAGAAUGACGUACUGUCAUGUAGUGAACCUGUGCUUCAAGAGUUGCUACUGUUCAGAUGCAUUCUGAAAUAUAUGUAAAAUAUCUCAUCUAACAAGAACUCUGAAUUUCUGUAGUUUAUCUGCUUGGUUUUCUUGAUUAUGGUGAUUUUGGUGAUUAUGGUGUUGGCACUGUCUCUGCUUUCUGAUUUUCCUUAUGUGCUCUAAUUUCACAGUGCAUAAUACCAAAUAAAAACAAAGAGCAGAAUAUGUUGUAAGUCUACAUGAUUAGUGCAUUUUUCCUUCCCUCAUUUGCAUGCUCCUAUACACACACAUACACACACUUACUAAGACUUACUAAAAAUAUGUCUGGAAUUAUCUGUAGUCACA